AUGUCCGACCCUCCUCCCGAUGCAGAGAAGGAGGAGGAACAAAAAGACUUCCCCACGACUACGUUCGACCCGAAAUUGGAAUCGUUCUUCGACGGUUUGUUCACCGCCGACGGAAACGACGACGGAAAAACCAAUUUUCGUCCUGACGGCGCCGUCACGAAUGGCAAAACGAACAAGAACAAUACUAAUGGUGGGAGAGGAGAAAAAGACGACGACGGAAGAAAAAGGGGGACGUCCUCCUCCUGGAACUUCUCUAAGUAUAAAGACGAAGCCGAGGAGGAGUUGAAACGCGAGAACAAAACGAGCGUGGACGAGAAGAUUCAGAGGAAAAGGAGAGAGAGAAAAGAGGAGAGUUCGAGCGAGGAAGAGGAAUACGAGGAAGAGGAUGCGCCGGCGUGGCAAGGGAACACCACCACGAGAGGAGAAGGAGGAAAAGGAGAAGACGAAGACGAAGAAUUAACAACGAGCAAUGAUGAUGAUGAUGGUGAAGAUGAUGACGAUGAUGAUGAUGAAGAUGCGACGCGACGCGCGAAGAAGAAUACCAAGAAGAAGACAUCCAAAUCAUCCAAAUCGGAAAAAAAGUACACGGAACGCGCGGUCGCAAAAGACGGGACGACAUUUUCUGCGCAGUGUUUUAAUGAUUUGCACUUAUCGAGACCGUUGUGCCGAGCGUGCGAGAAGUUAGGAUACGCGACGCCGACGCCGAUUCAAGCGGCGAUUAUUCCAAUCGCGCUGACCGGGAGAGACGUGUGCGGGCGAGCGCAAACCGGGAGCGGGAAGACGGCGGCGUUUGCGUUGCCUUUACUGGAGAGGAUGUUGCACAGACCGAAGAACGCGGUGAGUGCGAUACACGUCGUGAUAAUGGUACCGACGAGAGAGUUAGCCGUGCAGUGCGCGCAAAUGAUUCAGCGGUUGGGCGAAUAUACGAACGUGCAAGUGGCCACCAUCGUCGGCGGGUUAUCCAUGGAAAGGCAAGCGGCGGCGUUGAGGCAAAGACCGGAAAUUGUCGUCGCGACACCGGGUAGAUUGAUCGAUCACGUGAGGAACACGCACUCGUUUGGUUUCGAGGACGUCGCCGCGGUCGUUUUAGACGAAGCCGAUCGGUUAUUAGAGAUGGGCUUUUUAGAGGAGAUUAAAGAAAUCGUGAGGAACAUGCCGAGACAGAGACAAACGUUGUUAUUCAGCGCGACGUUAACGAGCGCGGUGGAGGAGUUGGCCAGUUUAUCCAUGAGAAACCCAGCGCGAUUGUCCGCGGAUUCCUUGGGCACCACGCCGAUGACGUUAACCGAGGAAAUCGUGAAAAUCAAACCGCAAUUCGUGGCCAAGAAAGAGGCGCAUUUGUUAUCGCUCUUAUCGAGAUCGUUCAAAGGGAAAGAAACCAUCGUGUUUGCGAAAACAAAAGUCCAAGCGCACCGAUUGAAAAUAGUUUUAGGUCUUUCAAACAUUAAAGCGUGCGAAUUACACGGCGACAUGACCCAAACGCAACGAUUAGCCGCGUUGGAAGACUUUAGAUCCAACGCCGAAACGAAAAUUAUGGUCGCCACGGAUGUUGCCGCGAGAGGUUUGGACAUCGCCUCGGUCGAUUUGGUCGUUUCGUACGACGCGCCGAAGAACGUGGCGUCGUAUUUACACAGAGUCGGGAGAACCGCACGGGCUGGGAGGAAAGGGGUCGCCAUCACAUUCAUGGAAGAAUACGACAGAGCGUUGGUGAAGACGUUGCAAAAGAGAGGUCAAAAAUUGCAAUCGAGAAUCGUGCCCAGAGACGUGGUGGACGAAUGGCACGAGAAAAUCGAAGGCUACGCCGCGCAAAUCGAAGAAAUAGAAGAGGAAGAGCGAGCGGAAAAGCACAUGCAAAAAGCCGAGAUGGAAGCGACGAAAGCGGAGAACAUGUUGGAACACGCGAACGAGAUUAAAUCGAGACCGAAAAAGACGUGGUUUGAAAGCGAGAGAGAUAAGAUGGCGAAUAAGAAAGCCGCGGCGAAAGCGAUGGGGAAGCAAGGCAUAGAUUUACUCGAGGACAACGAUUUGGAAUUAGGCGAUAUGCCUUCAAGGUUUGGUGGUGGGAAAAACGACAACGAAAAGAAUAAGAAGAAACGAAAGAAGAGCGAAGAAGAAGACGAGAAAGAAUCGCUCGCGAACCCGUCUCGUCUCCCGUCUUCCAAAAAAGGCCGCCGCGCGUUAGCCGCCAAACAGCGCGCGCAAAAAGAAAACGAAUACGACGACGAAUACGCCGAUUCCGACGACGAAACUGGUAAAACCAAAACCAAAACCAACCGAACGCGAAAAGUCACGCAAGGCGUCAAAUCGGUCAAGAAACUCGAACGGGACGCGAGAUUACAAGGCGUCACGGGGAAAAAAGCGCUGAACGCGUUUAAAGCCAUGAAUAAUAGUAACAACAACAACCAGAAGAAGAAGAAGAAAGAGACGACCACCGACACCAAACGCUCCUCCUUCGGGAAAAGAGGUUUCGACGAGAAACCGAUUAAACGUAAAGUAAACGCGAGCAAAUCUAGGCACAAAAAACGACGGUAG